AUGGCGAAGAUGGUGGAGGACGGCGAGUGGCUGGGUCGCCCCGCGACGUUGGUGAUGCUGGCGGUGGCUGUAGGAUUCCUGGGGCUGCUGAAGCUGGCAUUACGCAGCGAUCAACGAUUCAAGGAAACUCUACCGUGGGAUGAGAGGGAAGAUUUCCUAAUGUGUGUCAAGGCCAAAGCAAGUCCACAGGAUCCGAGAGCGGGUGCAGCUGGUGCUGGUGCAGCUGAUGCAGUGGAACAGCCACCACAGAACGAAGCAGAGCAACAUGGGAAGACGAACGACAAGGGAGCUGAUGAAGUUCAAAGCGACAGGGACGAGCAGCCCAGGGAAAACAGAGGAGACGAAGAAGUGAAGAGUGAAGAGAAGGAAGAGGAGGAGAAAAAAGACGAAGCCGCAGGUAGUCUGGAAAAAUUGCCAUCCAUCUUUCGCACUGUGCGAGGCAUUGUCGAAGGGCUCUUGGACACCAUAAGCCAAGCCCUUGGCGGCGAGAAUGUUCUUGACAGUAUCAAAGAAGUCAUCAGCAACGCAGAAAGCGGCACGAUUCAUCGUGCCAUUGCAUCGCUCCAAUCGCACAGGAGUGGAGCCGAUCAAGCCACGGUUCGUGCUCUCCAACGUGGUGACACACACAAAUUGUGGGUGAAUGAGGAAGCGUUGGAUGCCGAUGCAGAAGGCGAGAGAAGGAGAGAUGCGACAUCAGUGCGCAUAGAAGGCAGCGCGGAAGACUUGCCUAUGGAAGGAGAGGAGUCGGUGCCUGUAGCUGAAGCUUUCGGAAGGAGGCAGACAUCGGCAGCCGAGAUUGAAGUGCAGCCAAUGAAUCCUGAGGAUUUUGCAGACAGGAGAGAAGUGUCACCUGUGCACGAAGCGGCACCUGUGCGUAAAGAUGGUGCUGCAGAAGUGCAGGGAGAGAGCAGGUGUGGACGACGACCUCCACCACCAUGUCUACUACUACAGCAGAGGGCAGAGGAGAAGGAGGAGGAAGAGGAGGAGGCAAGGGCCAUGCAUGGACGCCUGGCCGAAGAUGGAGCAGGUCACGUGGUGAAGCUGUCGACUGAGUUGGGCAAGACCAAUCACUUUUUCGGUUCUUCUGUCAGCAUCAGCAGGGCAAAGCCACAAAGCCCGGUGUCUGAACGGAGCCAGGGCCGACCGCCCCAGGCAUUGUCGUCUGGAGUUGUGCCUUUCUCAACGCCGUUUUCUUUUCGAGCACAUUACCGCCGCCAGAUUCUGAUCCAGCAUGCAGACCCGAAUCCGAAGCUUGGCGCAAUGCGAACGGGUUCCGUGGCAUAUUGGGCGCAAAAAUUCACUGUUGGCACUGUAUCUGCCACCGUUGGAGAUUUUAUCAUCCUCCUGCUAUUUCUGAUGGUUAGAAUUAGAAUCGAAGAGCGGGACGAGUGGACUGAUGAAGACAAAACUGAACGGCGAAAGUGGUGGCGCAACAGGACCAUUGCAUUCUGGUUCAUUGCUGUCUUGUACAAGAGCUUUUGCAUUUUCUACGUCUGUGCCUUUAUUGCCAACGUCAGCAAGGAGGAUGCCAACCAGUUGCUGGAGGCUACUGCAAUGUCCCUGCUGCAGGAUCUUGUUCUGAAGCCAGCAAUCCUUGCACUCAUCCUGGCAGUGGUCUCAACUCUGGUACUCACCUGCCGUCCCAGCAUCAAAAGGAACAUUCAAGCCAAGUGGAUGGAAGAUAGAAGUGUCGAACAUGUCGCAGCCAAGGACUCGAGAGGUUCUCCAAUCCCAAGCGAAUUUUGCGAAGCCAAUGAUGUGAAGGAGGAAGGUGACGGACAUCCACCGCUUCGUCCGGUUCGUUCGGUUCGUGAUCCAAAUGAGGCACAGUUUGCCAGUGUCCUUCCUGGGAUGCCUGGACCAUGA